CAGCAUCCUGCGCGCGGAAAAUCUGUUGCGUAGAUGGGGGCAGCGAGAGCAGGAUGACAGUGAUGGCCGGCCCCGUCGCAUGGGCAUGUCGGUCGCCUAUGUUGGAGAUGGUGAAGCCCCAGUGGAGGACACCUUGCAACAGCAGGGCUUCCUCGCGCCCAUCCUCGGCGCCGAGAAUACGCCCGGGGUCGGCCCCAGUGGGGCGCAGGCUUGGGCCUCCCUUGUGGCGCCCCGAAUUAGCAUUGCCCGAGAGCCCCAAGCGCCCGCGCUCAGCGCCCCUUCGCCGGAGCGCCUCCGCCGGGGGGUGCGGCCGGGAGUGCCACCGCGACCGGCCUCGGCCGGGCAGCGCCCAAAGAAGGUGCAGCAACGGCGGAGUGUGCCUACGGCCACAAUUUCGAAUUCCGAAAGCGCAGGGAUGGAUGAGACACGUGCUGUCUUUUCCAGCCCGGAGAAGGCGGAGAAGGCGGAGAAGGCGUUGGCCUCGGCUGCGGCCGAGAUUCAGGCGCUCUGCGACAGCUGCAGAGCGGCGCUGGUGGUGAAGACCCAGUAUGGGACCCAGUUGGUCACAGCCAACUUUGAUGACAAGGAGCGAAGAAGACGAGCCACACGAGGACUCAAAGUAGACCUCAAGGCUCCAAAGAGAAAGCCUCCGAAACCAUUUCCAGAGAAUAUCUUCAAGGAAAGUGCCGAACAUUUGCCGAGCUGGAGCAAAGGUGUCUUGAGCACCUUACGGGAAGGCAACGAGGGGCUGGAUGAAAUGGAACGCUUCGCGAAUCGUGUCAAGGAUGUUGACGAAAAGCUAAAGGUCUUGGAAGAACAAGCUGCGGAUCUGAAAUCGGAGCCGGAGCUGGAUGAUUUGCAGGAAAUCAAGCCCAUGGUGGUUCGGCGCAAGGACAGCAUCAGCAUGAUGCGCCGCUGGAGUCGCAGCAUCAGCCCGGACGACUCGGGGAACCCCUUCGUGGCCGAGCUGCCGCGGCAAGGCAGCCGUCGCACGGCGCACGUGGCGAAUUUUCAGAAUAGCCUGGACCCGCCACGGCGAAGCGAAUCCUAUCGCGCCCGGGGGCCCUCAAAAGACAGCGACCUCUCUUCUACGAGAUCGAAAUCUUCGGCGAGAAACGCGGUGAUGACUGAGCUGGACGGUCUGUUGGAUCACUUGACCAAAGAUCCCGCCGAGGAAGGCUUCUCAGCAGCGGAGGUCACGCGAUUACGAGCGGGCUUCAAACGCUUUAUGAUGCCCGGAACCAUUGAUGUCCACAAAGAUGACGUCUUCGAACUGCUGACCUUUUUGGGCUGCGUCUUUCUGGAUCCGCUGACGGUCAGAGACCUCAUGGAUAAGACAACUCGCUUCGACCAUUUGGGUUUUGAUGAUUUUGAAGCGUUUAUGGGCAAAUACACCCGCUACUGUCAGAGCCAGUACCAAGUCAUCUUCGACCAGUUCGAUGCCGACGAAUCUGGCACCAUUUCCAUGGAGGAACUGCGGGAAAUGACGCACCACUUGGGAUUCAUGCCAACGCGUCUGAUGCUCGAGGAAGCUGUCGAAGUGGCCUGUCGCAGUCGCAGGGCAGCGGCCCUAUCCUUCAAUGAGCUGGUCCAGUUUCUGAUGAUCUACCGGCGGCGCGAAGGCUUCUGUCGGGAGGAGGUGGAUAAAUUACGCGGCAUCCACAACGACCAUAGCGAGGGCAAUCCACCUGUGAUGCCCGUGUCCGAACUGAGUACGGCCCUGAUUCAGGCCUUUGGUCGGCAGGUCACCCGUUUGGCUGGCGAGUUGCAGGAUCAACUUGCCUCAGGUCAAAUCCUACGAUCCUCUCAGGUUUCUCCUGAUCCUGAUUUUGAACCUGAGAAGUUGUCUUUCUCGGAGUUUUUGAUUAUGUCCAGGAACUGUCGCGAGGUGCUGCACCGCAAGCUGGACUGCAUGUGGCCCCGCGACGAGAACGAUACGAACGAGGCCAAAACCAAGGCCAAAGCUGCCAUCUCACAGCAGGGCCUGGCCAUCAAGUGCAAUCCUGGCGGGGAAGGCACCAUCACCGACGAGGAGCUUCGCGAAGUGCUGAGAGAUCUCGGCUACAUGCCCCUCACCAAAGCCAUGUUGGACAUCUACAAUGACGUCAUUGGCUCGCCCGUCCCUAGAGAUUUGGACUAUGACGAGUUCUUUGAUUUCGUUUGGAGAUUCAGGAGUAACUGUGGAUUUUCCAGCGACGAACUGGAGGACAUGCAGGAGUUGUAUCGCCUCAGCGACGAGGAUAAUUCUGGUGAGAUUUGCGCCUUGGAACUAGCCACGAUGUUUCGAUCCUUAGGUUACCGCGCGACCAUGGAAGAUCUGAGUGGUAUGGUGCUUGAAGUAGAUCACGAUCAGAGUGGUUUCCUCAGUUUCUCCGAGUUCAUGAUCCUGAUGGGCGACUUCCGGGCGCUGGAGCUGAAGAAGAUCUAUCGCGUCUUCGAUGACCUCGCCGUUGGAGGAUACUUGCAAGCUGAAAACAUCACCAAAGCGUGCAAGCGUGUGGGUUCGCAUUUGAUCGAUUCCAAGCACAUGCCGGAUGAGGACGAUGAAUUUGACUUCGAGGACUUUGUCGACUGGGUGGAUGAGUGCAGGCAUGACUGUAUGAUGCGCGAGCGCAAGCUGGCUGGCUUUGGCUGGUGGAAAGUGGAAUGCUUCCGCGAGUCGUUCAAAGAAUUCGACAAGAAUGGCAACGGCCAUCUAGAGCCCGACGAGUUGAUCAGACUCAUGCGGCACCUCAACAUCUCGGAAUCGCCCAAAACCAAAGCAGACCAAAAGGCUUUGCUAAAGCUCUUGGAGACGGCUCGCAAGAAUGCAUAUGAAGCUGGAAUUCGAGAAGCACAACUGGAGCCAGGCAACAGCAUUUCUUUCUGGACGUUUGUCCAAUUACUGAGACUUCUGCAGACACAGAAAGAGAAGCGUCAAAUGGAUCAGCUGAAUGAAUUGAUGGAAGAGCUUCGCUUCAGUAAGUUUGAGGUGGAACAGUUUCGUCAAAUCUUCGUGCGCUGGGCGCGGUAUGAUCCUGUGGAGGGCAUGUCUGACCGGGAGAUCGACACAGACGUGGAAGCUCUCUCAGAGGAGCAGUUGCACCGCAUCUUUCGCUCCGCGGGGGUUUCGUUGGUGGGAGAGGGAGGACGCAUCCGGGAGUUGCAAGUGGGAUUGGAACCUCUACAAUCAGGAGGCCGACUUUCCUUCGAAAACUUCUUGAAGUUGAUGCGUUGGGUGUUGGACACCAACUUCGCCAAUUUGGGCACGUCCAUCUCACGCUAGCGCCAUCGCACUAGUGCUCUUGGGCGCCAACCAGCACCGUAAAAAAAGACCGGCCUUAUUCCAAGG